AGUGGCAGACUGUUUGUGUUUGAGAUUUAAGGGUCUGGGCAGAGGGCUGCAGAGUGGACACCAGAGAGGAGCUGAGGAGAAUCAGACUGAAAGCUGAGGUUAAAGAGCAGUGAAGGACUUUUGUACUGGAGUUAUGAGGGUGGGACCUGCAACCUUGGCUGGGGGGAUAUUUGGGGUAGUGGGGACAUUGUGUUUCUUCAUUGCCUUCACUACGGAGUACUGGCUGGUGGCCAGUGACAACUGUGGACCGUAUACAUGGCCGACACAAACAAGACUGACAACAGAUGCCAAUUGGACUGAGAUCGAGAUAGUGGAGGCAGUCACUGUUUCUCCUCCACCUCUCACUCUGCACCACGAGGGCUUCUUCUGGCGGUGUGUGUUUCAGGUGGAGCCCUCGGCGAGCGCACACCUGGCCAUUCUCUUCACCAACCAGCCAGAAUCCAAGGUGUGUAUCCAUGGUUACCUAUUUCCCCUGCCUGUUGCAGUUGGACAGGUGCCUCAUCCAAGUUAUGAUGCGACAGCAGUGUUUCGGGGUUUCUGGACCGUGCUUAUAAUCUUUGGCCUGGUCGCUGCUCUAACUGGAGGCUUCCUGUUGGUCUGCGGCAUCCCCUUCUUCAGCCACAAACUCUACAAAGUGGGCGGUGCCUUCCUCAUCGCUGCUGCCCUCUUGUUCCUGUUCCUGCUGCUGCUCUACGUGCUGUGGAUGGAGGUGAUGGACGUGAAGCGCUACGUCCUGCAGGAGAGGGGGGAGACGUGUCCCAAUGCUCAGGUGUCUGUGCUCUACGGCCUGUCGUUCAUGAUGGCUGCCGCCGGCAUUCCUCUGGUGCUCGUCUCUGGGAUGGUCUUCAUGCUGGUGGGCCGUGCGUUGAGAGGCAGCAAGUGAGCCUGCCAUCUGGCCUGCAGCGGAAGAAAGGACUGACCUUUUUUUCUGGUGCACUGGGACACAGCAGCACACUCAUGGGAUGUUAAACUGGCUGGAGAGACGUGAUCAAUAUUGCAGUAGCACCCUUUGGAUGUCAAAACAGUCAGAUACACUACUUUUCUGUUUUCUAUAACUUACUUUGCUUUAUUUAUUUGAGAAAAAUAUUAAUUUCUAAGAACAUCAAUGUCACAACAAGUUAGUGUUAGAGGGUUAUUCAGAUUAGCUGAAAAAUGUAAAGCAACUGUUCUCAACUUUAAAUCUUGCCUCAUCCUAUAACAGUAAUGCAAAGUUGUUACAAUAUGAUUAACCAAUCGUCAAUUGGGUCCAUACAGGCUAAACUAAGAAAAGUCAGCUACUUACUAACAGCAGAGCAAGAAUACCACAAACUCAACCAAACUGCUAUCAGGGUUAGGGUUAAGCUGCAUUCACUUGACAAGCUGUAAAAUGGCUCUGCGCUGAUGCUGCUGUUGUGUUUUUAUGGUGCUCUGACCCCAUUUACCACUGACCUUUCGCCACGCAGCCAAACCGAUAACAGCUGAAUAAAGCGCCACAAGCGAGCAGGGUUAGUAACCGUAGAAACAAAAGUUAACUAGCUGUCAUCAACCCCAACCUCAACUUCAUGUGAGCAAAAAACAAAUCGCGUUUCACGUGACUGCAGCUUUAGGGUUAGGUGUCACUUGAUAGUUGGAGGUUUCACUUGUUUAAUGCUUUUCAACUCACUUUCUUUGCCGCCAAACAUUUUAGCUUGAAUGGGUGCUUUGGGUGGUGUUAAAGGUCGCUCACCAAGAGCUUUAGCUAUUUUUGUAUUUUUAUUUCACUGAUAAGCCCUCUGGCAGCUCAACUUGUUUUUUCUCUAAUAUUGAACUCAGUGAAGACUACACUCUUCUGUAACUCACUAUUAUUUCUCAUGGAACAAGUGUUAUAACAAGACAGGACGGGCCAUUGGUAGUCAGUUAGCAGUAGAUAUCUCUUCAACACAAUACAUUGACUUAUUGGACAUAACGUCAAAACUGUUACUUCUUCACAUUCUGUUGAUUCUUUUUUACUGUUUGUAAGUGAAAUUCUGGAUAUUUGUUGGACAUUGUACCUUUAAGAAGCAAUAUAAUAAUGUAACAACAUUGUGUUGUAUACAUAUAUUUCUUCCACUGCUGUCAUUGUACAGAUGGAUGUUUUUUUCAUUAUUGCUGCAAAUGAUGAGUCCAAACAGCUGAAGGUGAGAAAUGUAUGGCUGAACCAGCUGUGUCUCCUGUCUUGAUUUUGGAACAUGAUCAAAGUAGGCUAGCUGGAGU